AUGUGGACUGGUCACGUAGGGGUUUCUUAUAGGGCAUCUGGCGACUGGAAUGAUCUCACCUGUUGGAAUACUGGUUUUCCCUGUGGUCUUGUCUGCAAGAGGCUGCCCUAGAUGUUAAGCCAGCUUCACUCCCGAUCAAAGCCGAAAGUAGAGUGUAGUGGAAAAAUUAAUGCAGAUUCUGGGUCGACAUUUUAAAAUGCAGACAAGAAAACAUUUUAGUGCUAAUUUCUAAAGGGUUAAAAAAAGCGGCUUGUGACUGAAAUAAACAUUAUGUAUCUCUUGUGUCUUGUUUGGUUUUUCUUUUAUGUGGAGAAUUUUUUUUUCUGGCCCAUUUAGGUCUUUCAGUAGCAGAUCCAGACCUUCAGAUAACGGGACAGGGGCGCGAAGGGGGAAGACCGGUCAUCUAGACCCUGACAUAAGAGAGGGGACUGGUCUCCAAAAAAUUUUUGUUUUCGGUCCUUAGGGCCUCAGUUUGGUCUAAAAAUAAGGGGCUGGGUCCCGGGCCUCCCGUGCCCCUUCCCUGGAUCCGCAAUUUUACAACUCAAGAGACGUUCGCAGAAGUGCUGCUCACUGAUUUUAUAUCGUUUCAAAAAUACUCUUUACAACCAUUUGACAGGCAUUGUGGGAAAGCGUAAAAAUAGCAAAGGAUGGAGCAAAGUAGGAAUAUCCGUACUUGUGCUGAUAAGAUUGUUCAGACUGUUCAAGGGAAGACAACCUUAUCGCCUGAAGAUCCAUUUGAAAACAUUGAGGAGAUCCUUAUCUAAAAGCUAAUUGGCAGCGCAAUCGAGUUGCGGUUGCUUAUAUUAGUAUACUUUUAAUAGAUGUUAUGUUGCUAACAUUAUCGAACACAGUUCAGCCAUUUUUUGUUGGGUUUCCAUCGGCCGUUACGGUUAAGUAAAAUUCAGAAACGGAAGUUUAAAAAACGAGCACAAGUGUACUUGAUCUGCGAAAUUUAAUUACCUUGAAAAACGGUGAUUCGUCAAAAUCGCGAAAUUGGAGUCCCGCGAAAUAUUCCUAUUCCAAAUUCGCGAAAUUAAAGUCGCGCGAAAAUAAGUGAUAAUCAGGUAAACAAAGACCUGUUAGGCACUUCUGUUUGACUUCCGCUGCAGUAAGGUUUAAUUAUCUCGUCGAAAAUGAUAAAAUAGUCUUGGAGAAACAGACAGUUAUCAUCCUUUUUCACUUUUUCUGCGUGAUUUGGUUUGAAAGUCAUUGUUGAUAUUUAUUAAAAAGUUGUGAUGCGUGUAAAAGUAUAAAGAGGUUUCAAAUUACGUAUGCAAAUUUAAUUAUAUUUUUAAAACAAAAUUCAAAGUCAGCGUUUUAUGUUUUGCUUAGAACGGUACAUUUUUUAGAUUUAUGAAAUUAGCUGUUCACCUUUAGCUAGGUUAUAUAAAUGUUAUGUAAAACAUUUAUUUACCAUUUUGACAACUAUUAACACCAUAUUUCUCAUUCGCCGUUGCGACUGAUCCUGACGCGACCCGACGCAAGUUAUGUACCAGAAACAAACGCAUUUUAUGAUUAAGAGAGUAGCCUUUAUAUUAAAAAAUAUGCAGACUCAAUUGUCCAAAAGUUCAGAUAAGCAACCAAUUGUUGUUUUUUUUUUUCGGGAAAAAUUGAAACUUUUACUCGUCAAAGUGUAAGAUAAGGGGUGCACGCGCAUGAAAGCACUGACGGGCGGUGUGAAUUUCUGCAGAUGCGAAAAAGUAAAUUGCUUUCUCAAAAUCCUUUUGACUGCUGAUGAAUAUUCAAAAAUUUUGUAUUUUUCUUCCGUAACUGAAAAGGAAAAAUCAAGUUUCGGUGACUUUUGUGCAGUGCUUCUAGCUUUAAUUUAGAUAACACGCCCUGCGUGCUUUUGUGUACGCUGAAUACAUGGUGUGCUAUUUCGCACGCAGCUGUUGUGUAAAAACUUUAACACGCGUUUUCUCCUUUUUAACUUGCUCACGCUUAAUUGUCUCAAGCGUGUCCUCUAAAACAAAAGAAAUUGCUAAUGAGACAAGAUGGCGAGCGACCUAAAGCGUGUUAAAAUGAAUCGUUUUGUUAAUGGAAGCGUUUCGUAAGCGUGCUUUCACCUUUAGCAUCAAAAUCCUGUGGAGGUCACAUAUUACGGCCAUUUAUACGAGGAAAAAUAAGACGCGUCUUAAAUAAGACGCGAACUGUACCAUUUAUACGAGCAUGUCUUAUCUAAUAAGACGCGUCUUAGCUAAGCCGCGUCUUAUUUUAGACGAAAUGUGCCGUUUAUACGGAAAGUUCGCGUCUCAUGUAAGACGCGUCUUAUUUUUCCUCGUAUAAAUGGCCCUAUUGUUGCUAGUAAAACUAGACCGCGUAAUACUGCAUCCUCAAAUUAAAGCUUCAACUCGCUGUUCGGAUGAUCAUGGUCUCGCCUCGUGAUCUUUCCGUCUAUCAUAAUGAUCCUAUCUGAACUCGUUUAUUCAGCUUCAUCCUUCAAUGAAUCAUCACUUUGACAGAGCCUGUGAGAAACAAGAACUCAAAAGAACAGCUCAGCAAUUCCCUGACCGCUGGUGAGACCGAAUCAGCCGCCGAAUCCGAGCUCAAAAGACCUAGGUAUAGUGUAAUUUUUCCAUACCACCAUACAGAGUUAUGUUCGCCCGGACCUAGCAAAUCAGCAAAAGCACUAACUCAGGGGAAAGCAAAAAGCUAAUUAGGAAAUUGGUCGGAAUAAUACUUUGUACAUCUAUUUAUCACAAUAGCGUGAGCCUCUGUAUGAUACCUGGGAACGUCGUUUUCGUCGCGUUCAGUUUUCCACCAAAUCGUCGAUUUUACAAAGAAAUCAUUUCCGUAUCAAGCGAAAUUGUUUUACGUGGUAUUAAACGCUACUGGCGAGUGCAACCACGUGGCGACGGCGACAAUGACAGAGACGAGAAAAUAGAAAAGAAACAGAUUUAAUAUGCAAAAUAAAAACACUCAAUGCCUUCAUCACACAAAAAAUAGGGACAUUAGGGACCUUAAGCAAGGACGACGACUCGUUGGCUCGAAGAUAUUAGCACUUGAGUGCUACACUGUAAAUUCGAGGGUAAAUAAAGUUUAUUGAUUGAUUGAUUGAUUUGACGACGACGACAGUGAAAACGUCAGUAAAAAAAUGAAUUUGCUUCCUCUCAAACUCAAUCCCGUCUAUUUGGACCCAUUCAAUAUGUCAAAUGUAGGCGUCUUUUCCUGGAGUUAAAUUCUUAAGGAUUUUAUUCAGGUUAAAAAAGAGAUAGGAAAAUUCGUCGUCGUAUGUCCACGUCCUCUAUAAAACGUCAAAUAAGAAGGUUUCACGUAAUAGUCAUGCAGUGGACGUAGAAAUGUACUAAAAAACGUGAUGCAGGUACAGAGCUGUUGUUUUGAUCAUUAAACCUAUUGUUUUUUGUGAAGUCGUCGUUGUGGUCAACGUCAAUCAGCUGUAAAACGAGGCCGCAUCGGAAUGGCAAUGCGACUGUUGUUUUAGUCUCUCGUCUUUCAUCACUAUACGUUGCGGCUUCGAUUUCGUCAGAAAUACUUCUCCAAAAUCUUGGUUAUGACAUGUAACGGUACCUUCAACAACAAUUCAAUUUAAAAACUGUCUCGGCUAAAAAUGUGAUUCUAUUAGAAUAAGAUACAUUUUUUGGUUAAGGUUGCAAUUUCCAGUCACUAGUAGUGACUCUUUCACAAAUUGAAGAUUCUACUAAGAUAUUGUUGAUUUAUGUGAGUGCAAUUUUUCUUGCAGUUCAGACAAGCAGUGUAAUUAAACGAAGUGUUGGUAAUGACACAACACUUGCAAAACUGCGAGAUAUCGAGCGAAUACUUGGUGAGUAAAGUUGAUCCUGCAAAAAGUAAACCCUCUUUUUUUCCCCCGAAUUUUGAGAUAGCUUUCACGAACUGAUAGUAAGACUUUGGUCAAUUUUUCUUCCAGUCUCUUCUUUCAAACAACAGUACGUAUAUUGGUACUUAUUUUGACGCUGUUCAGUUUUAUAAUUUUAAAAUUUUAAAUUUAAACACGCAAAAUUCAAUGACCAAAUAGUCCAUAGAAUAUUCAAAUCAUAGAAAAGAUGAUAACUCCACUUCGCAUGUAAUUAUAACAGCAUAUGCACAAUUAAGAUUUGAAAAAUACACUUUCUAAUAAUCAACUGGUUUUUAGUAAGUUCCGUUUUGUUCAGGUAUUUUCUAUGAAAGAGGGUGUUAAUUUAUUGAUAUUCGCACAUGAAGAAGAAAGUCUAGCUAGUAUCCGGCCGGACGCCCAUACAGUUUAUCUACAAAUUUAGAAUGUCAGAAAUGUUGNCAAUUCCCUGACCGCUGGUGAGACCGAAUCCGAGAUGAAACUGUUUUCGGCUAUUCUAGCCAUAUAUUUGGCACUUUUAUGCGCAACAGACCUAGGUAUAGUGUAAUUUUUCCACACCACCAUACAGAUAUUUUUAUUCGUUGACCUAGCAAACCAGCAAAAGAACUAACUCAUGGGAAAAGCAAAUUGCUCAGAACACCUAUACUUAGGAAAUUGGUCACAUGGAAUAAUACUACAUUUAUUGAUCACAAUAUCGUGAGCCUCUGUAUGACACCUGGGAACGUCGUUUUCGUCGCGUUCAGUUUUCCACCAAAUCGUCGAUUUUACAAAGAAAUCAUUUCCGUAUCAAGCGAAAUUGUUUUGCGUGGUAUUAAACGCUACUGGCGAGCGGAACAACGUAGAGACGGCCACAACGACAAAGACGAGAAAAUAGAAAAGAAACAGAUUUAAUAAGCAAAAUAAAAGCACUCAAUGCCUUCAGCGCAGGAAAAUGUUGUAAAACACAAAAAAGUAGCCGAAUCGGAAUGGUAAUGCGACUGUUGUUUUAGUCUGACUCUAAAAUCGUCAUUUCAUCAUUAGCGAUCGUUGCGGCUUCGAUUUCGUCAGAAACACUUCUCCAAAAUCUUGGUUAUGAUCACUGCAUCGGCUACAAAUAAGAUACUUGUCUAUUAGCAUUUUUCCUUGAAAAGGUGCAAUUUCCAGUCACUAGUACUCUUUCACAAAUUGAAGAUCGUACUUAGAUAUUGAUUAGAUAUAUGAGUGCAAUUUUUCUUGCAGUUCAGACGGGCAGUGUAAUUAAACGUGUUGUAAUUGGUAAUGACGCAGUAGUUGCAAAACUGCAAGAUAUCGAGCGAAUACUUGGUGAGUAAAGUUGAUCCAGCAAAAAAUAAACCCUUUUUUUUUCCCCGAAUUUAGAGAUAGCUUUCACGCACUGAUAGUUAGACUUUGGUCAAUUUUUCUUCCAGUUUCUUCUUUCAAACAACAGUACGUAUAUUGGUAAUUAUUUUGGCGCUGUUCAGUUUUAUAAUUUGGCGUUAAGCGCGAAAAAGAUUCCUCUUCAAAUUUAAACACGCAAAAUUCAAUGACCAAAUAGUCCAUAGAAUAUUCAAAUCAUAGAAAAGAUGAUAACUCCACUUCGCAUGUAAUUAUAACAGCAUAUGCACCAUUAAGAUUUGAAAAAGACACUUAUAAUCAACUGGUUUUUAGUAAGUUCCGUUUUGUUUAGGUAUUUUAUAUGAAAGAGGGUGUUAAUUUAUUGAUAUUCGCACAUGAAGAAGAAAGUGUUGCUAGUAUCCGGCCGGACGCCCAUACAGUUUAUCUACAUAUUUAGAAUGUCAGAAAUGUUGAAAAAAAAAAUUAAGUUGGGAACACUUGAAUCGCGAAAUUUAAUGCCUUUUUUCAUAUGCCAUUCAUUAUUGAAAUCGUGAAAACUGAAGAGAUAAGAGCCCGCGAAAGCCACGAAUGUAACCACGAAAGUCAUUACCGAUUAGGUUUUAAAAACUCUUUGUCCUACUUUUCUUUCAGGCGUUCCUUGUCCACAUGGCUGGGUGCGAUUUAAGGCAUACUGCUAUCUUGUCAGUAGCGCUAUCAAGACUUGGCAAAAUGCCCAAGCGUACUGUAAAGAACUGGGAGGAAAUCUGGUGAAAAUAAACAGCCAGGACGAAAACGAGUUUGUACUAAACCUGGUAAACAAGCUCGCCCCAUCGCUGAAGCAGAUUUGGAUCGGACUCGAGUGGGACUCUCGCGUAAAGGCCUUCGUGUGGUACGAUCAUUCUGUUCCUACAUUCACCAAAUGGUCCCCAAAUGAACCAAAUGGAAAUGCUAAGGAGCCUUGUAGCAACAUGUGGACUGGUCACGCAGGGGUUUCUUAUAGGGCAUCUGGCGACUGGAAUGACCUCACUUGUUGGAAUACUGGUUUACCCUGUGGUCUUGUCUGCAAGAGGCUGCCCUAG